GACUUGCAGCGUUUCUGAAGGAUGAACGGUGUCUUGCACUGCUGCAGGCUGUGGAUGCUCGCUUCACUGCUGCUGGACUGCACCAGACACUGUAGCAGCUUCAGAUGGGGCGGAAAUGGCGUGUGAGCAAAACGAUUUUGAUCAUCCAGCUGAUAUGUACCAAGUCUACUCAGCAUAGAUCUAGCUGAACAAUGACAGAAGAGCAGGAUGUAGUUGAUGUACCGUCGGAGAGCAAGACGACCAAAAGACGCAGAGAUAAAGUACAAUCCUACGCAAACAGACAAGGCGAAGAGAUUGCGCAACUGCCACAGAAGCGAUACUACCGCCAACGCGCCCAUGCCAAUCCAUUCUCUGAUCAUGCACUCGUCUAUCCCGUGAGUCCAGAGACAAUGGACUGGUCUGCGCUCUAUCCAAAAGCUGGCGAGCGACAGGUGGAAAUUGCGGAUGUUGGGUGUGGGUUUGGUGGAUUGCUGGUUGCUUUGGCGCCGCACUUCCAGGACUCCCUGAUCCUCGGUAUGGAGAUUCGUGCACAAGUCACAGACUACGUGCAUGAGCGAAUUCGUGCAUUGCGGCAUCAAGAGCAAUCAACAGGCACAUAUGACAAUAUCGCUGUGCUUCGAGCGAAUAGUAUGAAGUUUCUACCAAACUUCUUCCGAAAGGCACAGCUGAGCAAGAUCUUCUUUUGCUUCCCAGAUCCACACUUCAAGGCGCGAAAGCACAAAGCGCGGAUUGUGACACCGACGCUGUUGGCGGAGUAUGCGUUUGUUUUGCGUGAAGGCGGGAUUGUGUAUACCAUUACGGAUGUGCUGCAAUUACAUUUGUGGAUGAAGCGCCAUUUGGAUGAGCAUCCGUUAUUUGAACGGCUGACGGAGGCGGAGGAGGCUGCUGAUGUGUGUGUGCAGGAGAUGCUGGUUAAGACGGAGGAAGGCAAGAAGGUGGAGCGCAAUGAGGGGGACAAGUACGUGGCAUGUUAUCGUCGCCUGCCGAAUCACUAGCAAUCCCAGUACGAGCCUUGAUAGCUCUGUCAAUAGGCCCAAAGCUAGCGACGUGGUCUUCCAAGAAGCUGCGACGUGUUCCCCCGCCAAGGACGCGCUUGUGCCAGAUUUUUGU